UUUUAAGCUAAUUUAAUUUUUUUUUUCAGUACACGAUGUCUGCUCCAGUACUUAAUUACCGGACACGAGGAUGGCUCCGCAUGUCAGUUGAAAAGCAAGACACAUUGCUCAAAAUGGCUGUUCUAUCUCUUGCAGCAAUUCUGUCAUUUUCGUGCAGGCUUUUUUCGGUUCUUCGGUUUGAAUCGGUUAUCCACGAGUUUGAUCCCUACUUCAAUUACCGCACCACCAAAUUUUUAGCUGAGGAAGGCUUCUACAACUUUCACAACUGGUUUGAUGAUCGAGCCUGGUACCCACUUGGAAGGAUCAUUGGAGGCACAAUCUAUCCAGGAUUAAUGGUGACCUCUGCAGCCAUCUACCACAUCUUGAAUUUGGUUAACAUAACCAUAGAUGUGCGUAAUGUUUGUGUCUUUCUGGCCCCACUGUUCUCCUCUCUCACAACCCUAGUUACAUAUCAUCUAGCCAAGGAACUGAAGGGUCCAGGUGCAGGGUUAGUAGCAGCUGUUAUGAUUGCCAUUGUCCCAGGAUAUAUUUCCAGAUCUGUAGCGGGUUCCUAUGAUAAUGAAGGUAUUGCAAUUUUCUGCAUGCUGCUGACCUACUAUAUGUGGAUCAAGGCUGUGAAGACUGGCACUCUGUUCUGGUCAACAAUGGCUUCACUUGCUUACUUUUACAUGGUUUCAUCUUGGGGUGGGUAUGUGUUCCUGAUCAACAUCAUUCCUCUGCACGUGCUAACCCUGAUGAUCACAGGGCGAUUCUCCCACAGAGUUUACGUGGCUUAUUCCACACUCUACGUCAUUGGUACCAUCCUCUCCAUGCAGAUAUCGUUUGUUGGGUUCCAGCCUGUUUCCACUUCUGAACACAUGGGGGCAUUUGGUGUGUUUGGAUUGUGCCAGAUACAUGCUUUUGUAGACUACGUGCGUUCCCGCCUGAACAAGAUACAGUUUGAGGUGCUGUUUCGGGCUGUAAUCUCAACCGUUGCUGUAACAGGAAUAUUGGUGCUGGUAGUGCUGACAGCUAUGGGCAAGAUUGCACCAUGGACUGGAAGAUUCUACUCUCUUCUAGAUCCAUCAUACGCCAAGAACAACAUCCCCAUCAUUGCCUCCGUGUCUGAGCAUCAGCCCACAGCCUGGUCGUCAUUUUACUUUGACUUACAGAUGUUGACAUUCAUGUUCCCCGUGGGUCUAUAUUUCUGCUUCACUAAACUUACAGAUGAGAACAUUUUCAUCAUUCUUUAUGGUGUUCUCAGCAUAUAUUUUGCAGGUGUGAUGGUGCGUCUGAUGCUUGUCUUAGCACCAGUGAUGUGUAUCCUGUCAGGUAUUGCUGUGUCUUCGAUGCUCUCUACAUAUAUGAAGCAAAUUGAUGAUGUUAAGACAGAGAAAAAAAAAGCCAAAUUUGAAGGAAAUUACUUUAUGAGAAGUGAGAUUGCCACAUUUUUUGUGUGUGUGAUGUCAGUAUUUUUGGUGAUGUAUACACUGCAUUGCACCUGGGUAACAUCUGAGGCAUACAGUUCUCCAUCCAUUGUUCUGUCUGCCCGUGGUCACGAUGGGUCGAGAAUCAUAUUUGAUGACUUCAGGGAGGCCUAUUACUGGCUGCGUCACAAUACCCCUGAGGAUGCAAAAGUCAUGUCUUGGUGGGAUUACGGAUAUCAAAUAACAGCCAUGGCUAAUCGCACCAUCCUCGUGGAUAACAAUACUUGGAACAAUACCCAUAUAUCCCGUGUAGGUCAAGCCAUGGCAAGUACAGAAGACAAAGCCUAUGAGAUUAUGCGAGAGCUUGAUGUAGAUUAUGUUCUAGUCAUCUUUGGAGGUCUCACUGGCUACUCUUCUGAUGAUAUCAACAAAUUUUUGUGGAUGGUGCGUAUUGGAGGAAGCACCGAGAAGGGCGGCCACAUCAAGGAACACGAUUAUUACACUCCAGCUGGGGAAUUCCGUGUUGAUAAGGAAGGCUCGCCAACGUUACUAAACUGCCUUAUGUACAAGAUGUGCUACUAUAGGUUUGGGCAAGUGUACACAGAAGGAGGUAAACCUCCCGGCUACGACAGGGUUCGCAACGUUGAAAUCGGCAACAAAGAUUUUGAACUGGAUGUUCUGGAAGAAGCGUACACGACAGAACACUGGAUUGUUCGUAUUUACAAAGUUAAAGACCUGCCCAACAGAGGCGCCUAGAGCUAUAUUUUGAAAUAAAAACUAGUAAAUAUUCAGUAGUACAAUUUUUAUACUACAAUUUCCAGUGCAGUAUUUGGAUUGAUAUUUGUUUACUGUUAGUCUUUGUUGAUGGUGCUUUGUUUUCCCCACUUUUGGAAUAUUCUUCCGACAUGGUUGUGUAAAUAUACUCAAAAUAUA